UGACAGGCGUUUUAUGUUUUACAUAACGAAGAGGAGUUACAGUUGAUAACUAAAAUUGAAUAAACGAUAACUUAUAAGGACCGUUGGUAAUAAACGGAUCAUAAGUAAUGCUCGCAUUAAAUAUUGUGUAUGCUUUAUUGUAUAUGAUAUCCAUUUACGAGAAGUCUAAAUGGUGUGAGGAAUUUCUUUAGUUUUUACUUUAACGCUUGCCUUCGACAUAUAUUUGAAACCGCUCUUGAAGUUCUUGUUCUUAAUUAGUACCAUAAAACAAUACCAAGCCACAGGUGUGUGGUCGGUUUACGAGAAAGCAAAGCUUCUAGUAUGCGCUAGUAUGAUCCAGAUAAACAAGGAAUGUCGGACUCAAACACAUAUUGCUUAUUACAAUACAAAAAUGCAUCAAACCAAAGCGACAUCUUUCAGUUGGGGAUCUUGCCCGAUUAGGAAAGUUGGGGAAUCCCCUUUUGACUUGCCCGAUCGGGAAAUAUUGAUUGAAAAAUUGCCCGAUCAGGCAAGAAAACAACCAUUUUGUAUAUACCUUGGCAAAACGUGUCCGGGCAUCACACAACUCAUCCAAGGAACAACGUAUAUAACUGAAUCCAAUCUUAAAACAAUUACCUUAAAUUUGACCGUCACGUUUUUUUUAAAAUGUCGUUCGUCAGAUAUUGAAGCCCAAAGUUGAGCAACUUUUAGCAUCUGUCAACAUUUUACGCACUUGCCUGUUUUGAGCACAAACUUGCCAGAAGGAGCAAGUCGUCGAAGUUACAUUAUGUAAUCACUUGCCCGUUUUGAAUUUGAAUUUCCCGAACGAGCAAUAGAAUGCGCUCUGUUUUCCAUGUGGAUUGGUGUAUAGUUUUCAGUAAUGACAUAAAACAUCCAAGAAACACAUUGAACAAAUGAAUUCAAUCUUAAAAUAAUUAUCUUACAUUUCACCGUUGCGAUUUUCAUAAAGCGCCUUUGUUUUUCAGAUUUUCAAACUCAAAGUUGAACGAUUUAAGUAUUUUUUAACAUUGUGUGCACUUUCUUGUUUUGGAAUCAAACUUGCCGGAAGGAGCAAGCCAUCUAGUAUGCACUGUUUGACCAACUUACCCGUUUUGACAUCUACUUUCCUGAACGAGCAAGUUUGUGAGAAUAUGGCAGAAAUCAUGGAAUAUCAAGUGAACAUACAACGUGAAGCACAAAGAGCAACAAAUCUGAGCGUGUUCAUCCAGGGCAAUACCGCGUUCGUUGAUUGGUCAAUAGAAGGCGACCCCGAUAACGUGACUGGGUUUGAAUUAUUCUACGAGCUCGUAGAAUCAAGUGGUACUGCGAUAUUCACGUAUGGGAUAAGCCGUCUCCAGAGAACCUUUCGAAUCAUUGGCCUUUUACCUUUCAACAAAUACCGUAUAUACAUGGUGACGAUAACGGAUCUGGGUAGAAGGAACCAAAGCGAGGUGGUGGAGUUCACCACAAACAAUGUCACAGGGAUACAGUUUGUUGAGAGCACAGCCAGGGGAAUACAGUUGGAGGAAGCCAUUGUUCUAUUUAUAGUAGUGUGUCUCUGGGCAUGCGCAAUGGUGUUGUUUGUGAAGCAGUGGGAUAAUAUCCGGAUAUUAGAACCACAGGAGCCUCGCUUCAAGCAUAGUCCAAAAAAUCUGCACACAAUAAGGAUAGUUAAGAAACCUCAGGAUAGUAUUAUUUACAAAAACUACAGCCGUAAAAUGUCAUUGACAAUGGUGGAACGCGAGAAAAAACUUCUUCGAAUGAAUACGGUGCCUAUAAUGGAGAGCGUGUCCUCGCUUAAAGCUUUGACAUCGAAAUACAGGAGUCACUUGCCAACGAUUGAAAUGGAAGAGACGUAUUAUAAGCCCCCGAUUGAACCUAUUGAAGAAGUAACAGUGAUUAACGAAAAUUCCAUAGCUUGAUUGACCAGAAGCUAAUCAUGGUCGCUUAAACUGCAUUUUUGCUAAGAAGAGGCUUCUUUUUAAUGUAACAUGCAAUACAAGCGGAAAGUGUCGUUUCUGAUACGCCUUGUGGAUUGCUUUUGCUAAUGUCGGAGAAACUCUUCGCACAGCUAUAAAACCCUGUUUUUCCAGAGCGAGACUCAAAUACAGAAAAAACCUGACAAGGAUUGACAUGGAAGAGAUGCCUCAUAAACCGUGUUCUACAAUCGUGUCCUAUUUGAGAAAUCACGGUAAUUAACAAAAACUCAAUAUCUUAGAAGUGUACUCCUUACAAUGACAUAUUGUACACAGGAAUUAAGCAAGACCAAUUUUUGUCGAAAAUGCGUUAUAUAGUGUAUCGUAUAUGUUCCUCAGUGUAAGUGUAAAUACGAUUGUUAUUCCUACAGGAAUAUAUUACAUAGCUUAGUAUAAUGACUCAUAUAUGGCUGUUAUUAAUAUACUGUGUUGUAUACGUCGCUCAAAUUGUUAUACAUGUAUAUUUAAUAUAUUAAGUAUAUAAUAUAUUGAUUGACGAUAUUCCACAAUUUCUUCUGGAUCACAGGUAAUACAUGCUCAUUGCUCUAAGGGCGGUAAACUAAUCAAGUAUUGCAUUUGUGAAUAGCAUUUACGGAGUUUAUCCCUCUGUUAUCAAAACGUGUUCACUAUAUGUACAUAUUAUUAUAUAAAAUCAAUAAAACUUUGUAAUAAUUC